UCCUAUUAUGAACCUGUAUUUCUCUUGUUGGAUAAUCUGAAGUACCUAACCUGAGCUCUUAUUAAGCUAAGUUUCAGGAAUUAUGCCAGUCUGCCACUCACCAAGAUUGACCCUUCGUUUAUCAUGUUUCUCUCAGUUAUAUCAGUAGCUUCAACAGGGCUUCCCUGUGAUGAAUAAAUGCAAUAUUAAAAUAGAGCUUACCAGUACACGAAUAGAUAACCUAUAUAAAUUCCAUCCAUUCUGCCUGGUCUAAUUUGCUUGCAUUCAUCUAUAUAUCAUAGGGUACUUUACAGGGAACAGGGCCAGGUUCAGUGCUGGAGCCUGGAGAAGGAGGAGGCAACAAAAGGCUUGCUCUGUAACUUACUCUACAUGAAGUCAUUGUAGAGUUCAAAUCUUGGAGCCUCUGGUUCCUGGUUACAGCCUUACAGUAAGCAUAUGCAAUCAUGUUGUUGGUGGUCAGUACUGAUGUCAAUCAGCAGAGUUUCAAUGACUCAGGCACAGUCACAAUAAAGCGUCAAACAGCACAAAGGGCCCCAAGCAGUGUGACACAGAUGCCAGAAUCUCCACCUGCUUGUGUUAACCUUGCUAAAGACCUCACUGCAAGAUGCAGAGCCAGAGCACUUCAACUUACAGAUGAUGAGAUACUUAGCAUAACUCAAGACUUGGACAGUGUCAUUCAGAACUUAUGUGAUUAUAUUAGCAAGAUACCUUCAUCAGCACUUGGCAGCAAUGCUUACACAGGUGUUGCGGUCAAAGCACUCUCAGCGAGGGGUUUCUUAGAGGAUGAUAUGUUGACAAAUACAGUGAAGAACAUGCCAAAUAGGAGGUCUUUCCAUGACAGCAACAUGCCGAGGCUAGUGGAAUUUUUGCAGGGAAUGUACCAUGAAUCUGAUGAAUUUGGAGGUCAGAUGUUCAGCUCUCUUCCGGAGGUCUCAGAAUACAUUGAACCGCUUUAUGAUGCGCUCUUCUGUCCAUUGGCAAAUGAGGUGAUGACUGAUCCUGUGUUAACGGAGAGCGGUGUGACAUAUGAAAGGAGAGCCAUAGAGGAAUAUUUCAAUAGGUUUGCCGGCAAUUCUAAAACUGUCAUCUGCCCUGUAACCAAAAUGCCAUUGCAAAAUAGGACGUUGAUGAGCAAUUCUUCCCUGAAGAGUGUGAUUGCAGAAUGGAAAAUGAGGAAUGAGGCAAUGAGAAUCAGGAUUGCCCGCACUGCACUCUCACUGUCAAGUAUGGAUGCUAUAGUGCUUGAGGCCAUACAUGAGCUGAUGUCGCUGGUCGAGCUGAGGAGGAAGAAUAGAGAGCAUAUGCAUAAGAUUGGGGUCACGAGGUUUCUGGCACGGUUGUUGGACAACAACAACGUGCAGAUUCGGCGUAGCGCGCUGGAGCUUCUGUGCUUGUUAGUUGAGGAUGAAGAAGGAAAGGAUAUCAUUGGAAAAACUAAGGCCAUUCCCCGGACAAUUAAACUACUGUCAAGUAAUGGUACCGAUGAAAGGGAUGCAGCCAUCUCUUUCUUGCUGGAGCUUUCGAAGUCACCGUUAUUGUUGGAGGAUAUUGGGUCAACUGCUGGAAGUAUCCUCAUCCUCACCACAAUGAAGAUAAAUGAUUCUGAUGAUCCAACUGCUGCUCAGAAAGCAGGAGAGGUCCUAAAGAACCUAGAGAAGUGCUCAAAGAACAUCAAGUACAUGGCCGAAAGUGGCUAUCUAGAACCCCUUCAGAUUCAUCUUGUUGAAGGUUCAGAAGAAAUGCAGAUGGAGAUGGUCAGCUACCUAGGUGAGCUCGUCCAAGAGCAGGACCUCACCAUCGACAUCAGCGGGGACACGUCGGGGGUCCUCAUCAAGAUGGUGCACAGCUGCAACACCGUGGCACGUAAGGCGGCGCUCGACGUCCUGGUCCAGCUUUCCUCACACCACCCCAACAGCAAGACGCUCGUCGAGGCAGGCGUCGUCCCGGUCAUGGUGGAGGAGCUCUUCAUCCGAAAGGUAGACGACGAUCCCCUGAGCUACAAGGCCAUGGCUGCUGCUGUCCUCGCCAACGUCGUCGAGUCCGGCAUUGAUCCGGACACCACCGUGGUGAACAAGGAAGGCCACGUCCUCACGUCCAAGUACUCCAUCUACAACUUCGUCCACAUGCUCAAGUGCUUCAUGCCCGACGAGCUCAACCUCAGCGUCAUCCGUGUCCUGCUCGCGCUCACCGCUCACGCCAAGCCGCUCGCCGCCCUGGUCUCGGUCGUCAGAGAGAACCACCGGGGCCAUUCUGUCGUGGAGCUCAUGAGCUCCCGGACGGAGGCGCUCGGCGUCGCCGCGACGAGGCUGCUCAUCACCCUGUCCGCGCACAUGGGGCACACCAUCGCCGAGAGGCUGUGCAGGACGCAGGGCCAGCCGAGGAGGCUGGUCAGAAGCAUCAUCCGCGCCGGCCGCGCCACCGUCACGGAGCGGCACGCCGCCGCGGUGACGCUCCUCUCGAGGCUACCGUUCCGGAACGUCUCGCUCAACCUGGCGCUCGUGCAGGAGGGCGCCGUGCCGGCAAUACUGCGCGGGAUCGAGGAGAUGCGGAGCGGCGCGGCCAGGACGAGCAGGCACGCCGCGCCGUACUUGGAGGGCCUCGUGGGCACGCUCGUGCGUCUCACGGUGACGCUGUACAACCCGGACGUGCUCAAGGCGGCCAUGGACCACGACUUCGCCUCGGUUCUUACCGGUCUACUCACCGGAGCUGCCGGUAGCGGUGGUGAGGUGCAACGGCUCGCCGCCGUGGGUCUCGAGAACCUCAGCUACCAUUCCAUCAAGCUGUCCCGCCCGCCGCCGGAGGAGGAGCCGCGGCCAAAGAAGAUGACCAUACUCAUGCGCCUGAAAGACGCAAGGGUGCAUAACCACAACAGCAAGAGCCCGCCGCUCAACGUCUGCCCGGUGCACCGGGGCGUGUGCUCGCCGUCCACGACCUUCUGCCUCCUCGAGGCCGGCGCCGUCGAGGGCCUCCUCGUCUGCCUGGAGAACGACAACCCCCGGGUCGUGGACGCCGCGCUGGGAGCGCUGUGCACGCUCGUCGACGACAGGGUGGACGUCGAGAAGGCCGUGGUCGCUCUCGUCGAACAGGGCGCGGCGAGGCGCGUGCUCGCGGUGCUGAGGCAGCACAGGGAGAACAGACUGUGGCAGAGGUGUUUCUCCGUGGUGGAGAAGCUGCUGGUGCAUGGAGACGACGGGUGCGUCAGGGAGGUCACCGGCGACAGGAUGCUGCCCACGGCGCUGGUGAGCGCCUUCCACCGCGGCGACGCGAACGCCAAGCAGGCGGCCGAGAGCAUCCUCAGGAGGCUGCACAAGAUGCCCGACUACUCUGCAACCUACGUGUCCCUGGAAUUCUAGUGCUCUUCAUUUCGUCGAGUAAAUAAGUAUAUAACGAGUAAAUAGCAGCAUAGGUUUGCUGCCGUGUAUACGUUACACGAUGCUUCACAUUUCACAAAUCUCAAGUGGAUCUGCAUACUUCCCUGAAUGGAAUAUUUUUUUUUUAAAUGGUAGACAAUGAAAAUUUGCGCCCUUC